AUGGUGACCACCCGGGCAAAAGAGCCCGGCGUCGCGUCGCCGAAGCAGUGUGCGACCGAGGGCGAUGCACGUGUGUUUGAAGUCCGUGGCAUUCGCGUCGAAGCCGACUUGAACGUUUUGGCAAUUGGCAAGGUUGCCCACGCGAAGCAGGUGUCAGUCACUUGCCUCGACUUGACGGCGAUUGAUCAUCAGAAAGUAUUGUUCGAAUGCUUGUGCAAAGCCAACGUGGCCAGCAUCCAUAUUGUGCAAGCAAGUGCAAAGGUCGUUCCUUUUGGGGAAAACGGGGAGGAUGUUGAGGAGCCAGACAACUAUGACAAGGCAGCCAAAAUUGAGAGCCAGCAUGCGGAGAAGCCAGGGACGGUGUUUUUUAUGCCGCAAGAUGCCAUGCAGCCUUUGGUUGGAGUGUACAGAACUCCUGUGCAAGCCAUACAAGCAUCACUGACAUUGAAACACCCGCUGGAGUUUGCUACGCCAAUUCCUGACCUCCUGACGAGGUGCGUGGUGGAAGUCUUGAACAUGGGAAUCAAUGCUGCGUUCUCAACAUACAGCAAGCUGCAGCUGAUGGACGCAGACACGUUGAUACCCUUGAUUCUGCUUGUGGUCUGGUGUGCCUCUGCCGGUAGGGUCAUGGCUUACCUGGCGGCAGCGCUGUCGAAGUCGCCUCCGAGAGUGCUUCGAGUGAGCGAUACGAGACCGCCAGUCGUGAUCUUUACUGAUGACCCUGUGAGCAAGAAACGCCCGGUGUGCUCUGUGGAUUGGGACCCGCAGCCAUACACAGCAGCGAAGGUGCAGGACAUCCGUGCGACCGAUUCGGCGUUUGCCGCCAUCCGAUCUGAUGGCUGCGUCGUGACCUGGGGCGCACCGGAGUGCGGAGGGGACUCCAGCGCUGUUCAGAAGCGGCUGAUUCGAGUGCAGGAGAUCCGAGCCUCGGAGGGCGCCUUUGCAGCGAUCCUCGCCGACGGAGAGGUCGUCACAUGGGGUCCUGCAGAGUACGGCGGCGACUGCAGCACAGUUCAGGAGAAGCUGAAGGAUGUUCAGGACAUCCGGGCCUCUGAAGGGGCUUUCACGGCCCUCAGGGGGGAUGGCACCGCGGUGGCCUGGGGAUCGCCCCACUGCGGUGGCGACUGCAGCGCCGUGGAAGAGAGCUUGACCGAUGUGCAGGAAAUUUCAGCUUCCCAGCUCGCCUUCGCGGCACUGAAGAGUGACGGCUCGGCGGUGGCGUGGGGUCCUUGGUAUGCUGGAGGUGACUGCAGUCGCGUAGCGGAUGAGCUUACGGAAGUUCGUGGAGUGCAAGCUACGGAGACGGCUUUUGCAGCCCUCCGGGCCGACGGAAGCGUCGUGACUUGGGGAUGUGCAGGGGGCGGGGGUGACAGCAGCACCGUCCGUGAGCAGCUGAAAGAUGUGCGAGAGAUUCAAUCAUCGGAGGCUGCCUUUGCUGCCAUCUUGGCCGAUGGAAGCGUCGUGACCUGGGGUGCUGCCAGUUGCGGCGGCGACAGCUCGAGAGUGAAGAGCCAGCUUUGCAAUGUGCAGGAAAUUGUCUGA